AUGAUGCUUCUCAGACGUGCAUACUGGGCCAACAUUCUUCUAUCUCCGCCACCGUCCGAUGACUCAGAUGGUGCUCAAUUGCAGAACACUCCGGGUGUCAAGGGGCAUGAAUCGGUGUGCGUGCAGUUGGCAUUCGACUCGUCGCCAGUCAAAAAAGAUUUCAUGCUCAUCCAAGAAACUUCCAUGCCGUAUGACCAGCUGCUUAUGCACUUUCGGCUUUACUUGAGAAAGAACGAUGUCUUGAAACACAUUGAUGCAGAGGACGCUGCCAAGGACUCUGACCUUAUGGAAGGGUUACAAUCAUCCAGCCGAGUGCGCCUCUUGCCACCUGUGUGCCUGGGUCAUGCAGCCACAGAUGCUUCCCACAAAUACAGCGCACUUUUGCAUUCGAUCUCCUUGGAAACUGGGCCGGCCAGGGACCGAUACUUGCGGUCUGUGGUGGCUUGCACGACGGAUCAAGGCAAAUAG